AUGAAGCGCAAGACUGAGGAACGACCUUCGCUUGAUGGCAAUGGCUUGCCUAAUUCCAAAAAGCGUGCGCUAUCUACCGAGGAGGCCGUCAGCCGUUUCAGUGAUGGAUUGUUCGACCCCGCGAAGCAGAAGAACUACACCGAUUCUUACGCCAAGUCGAGCCCUUAUUACCACGGCGUCAUCCACCCUCUUAUCGAACCAUCUCUGCUCCGUUCCGUCCGCGAUGAAAUUCAAGAACACCUCUCCUUCACCGAGAAGGAGACCGAUAUUUAUAAGAUCUUCCAAUCAGGAGAUCUGGCCAACCUUGACGGUCUUGAUGAUUCCUCUCUCUCCAAACUGCCGUCUAUCUUGAAGCUCCGCGACGCCAUGUACUCGGCACGCUUCCGUGAAUACUUGUCCUCCGUGACUGGCUCUGGAAAGCUGAGUGGACAGAAGACCGACAUGGCGAUUAACGUGUAUAACGAGGGAUGCCAUCUUCUCUGUCACGACGACGUUAUCGGUAGCCGACGUGUCAGCUAUAUCCUCUACCUGACCGACCCCGACACUCCAUGGCAAGAACAAUGGGGCGGUGCCCUGCGCCUGUACCCAACCACCACCGAGAAGGAUGCCCAAGGUGAGGAUGUCAAGAUUCCCAGCCCGGAUUUCAGCCUCUCCAUUCCCCCGGCUUUCAACCAGCUUAGCUUCUUCACCGUUCAGCCGGGUGAGAGCUUCCACGAUGUCGAGGAGGUAUACCACCCCCGUGACGGCGAGGACAAGUCCAAGAAGCGCGUGCGCAUGGCAAUCAGCGGCUGGUUCCACAUUCCUCAAGAAGGCGAGGAUGGCUACGAGGAGGGUUUGGAGGAGAAGCUAGCGGAGCGCAGCAGUUUGGCCCAGCUGCAGGGCCGCGGCGACAUCUACGAUCUGCCGCAGCCAAACCCCAUUGCUUGGGAGGAGCCCGAGGUGGAGGGGAAGGGCAAGGGCAAAGUUGAGGAGCAAAUAGAGGGUAACGAAUUCUCAGAGUCUGAUCUGGAGUUCUUAGUCAAGUACAUUGCGCCCUCAUAUUUGACCCCCGAUAUUGCCGAAGAAAUGUCAGAUUCGUUCGCGAGCGAGUCCUCUCUCAGUCUGGAGCGAUUCCUACAUGAGAAGUUUGCUUCUCGGGUCAGCGCGUACAUUGAGGAACAGGAGCGGCAAUCUCUUCCCUCCUCAUCAGAGGAGAUCAAGUCCCAAACUGGAUGGACCGUUGCUCGUCCCCCGCACAAGCACCGAUACUUGUAUCAACAACCUGCAUCUGGUGAGACCGAGAAUCCCAUCAAGGAGAUUUUGAAUGUCCUCUUCCCUUCGCAGCCUUUCCGGAAAUGGCUGUCCCUUAUCACUGGCGUCGAUCACCUUACAAGCCACAACUUCCUUGCCCGUCGUUUCCGUCGCGGUGCAGACUACACACUGGCGAGUGGAUACGACGCCGAAGAGCCUCGUCUGGAGUUCACCCUUGGCCUCACACCAUCAUCGGGAUGGGAGAAAGAGGUGGAGGAAGAGGAAGAGGAUGGAGAGAACGGCGGGGCUCAGUCCAAGCCCAAGGAUCAGGCCAACGGUGAUGCCGCUGAGCACCCCUCGGUUGGUGGCUAUGAGAUUUAUAUGGCUGGCGACGACGAGGAAGAUGAAGAGGAGGACGAAGAGAAUGCCGAUCAGGUACUCCGGCCCAAGGAGAAGAAGAAGGCAGACCCCGCGAUCUAUCGCUCGGCCGGUGCGGACGAGGACGAUGGCAUUUUAUUCAGCACACAGGCUGGCUGGAACCGUCUUAGCAUUGUACUCCGUGACAAUGCAACUCUAAAGUUUGUCAAGUACGUCAGUGCAGCGGCUAAGGGUGACCGAUGGGAUAUCACUGGUGAUAUUGGAGUCCAGUUCGAGGAGGGUGAUGACGACGACGACGACGAGGAUAUGGACGACCAAGGCGAAGAUGAAGGAGAAGAGGACGAAGAUGAAAAUGAAGAUGAGGAAGAGGAGGAGGAGGAGUAG